AAAAUAAGCUUCCAGUGCUUCCUCACAACCGAAAAUGAGUGUCGUCUCUAACUGUUUGCUUCUAUACAUGCGCAAAAGUGCAUUAAUUAGUGUCGACUACUUUGAAAAAGUUGUCAAAUUUCUAGUCGUGGAGUUGUUCGUUGGCAGGAAAGAAUGCUUGUUAUGAGACCACAAUCGCAAAUUGCUGUGUUCGAUAGGAGUGCAGCUACCUUGUCUGGCUGCGCAUGAGCAGGAAGAGUGGAGGAGUGAGGGGGAAGAGGGAGUCUGUUAAUUACAAACAUGAACAAGCUGAAGUCCUCGCAGAAGGAUAAAGUGCGUCAGUUCAUGAUCUUCACACAAUCUAGUGAAAAGACUGCACUGAGCUGUUUGUCGCAAAAUGACUGGAAAUUAGACGUCGCAACAGACAAUUUUUUCCAAAAUCCCGAUUUGUACUUACAAAGUUUAAAGGGAGUGCUGGACAGAAAAAAGUUAGAACAGCUGUACAACAGAUAUAGAGAUCCCCAAGAUGAUAACAAGAUAGGGAUUGAUGGGAUCCAGCAGUUUUGUGAUGACUUAGGCCUAGACCCUGCCAGUAUAAGUGUGCUGCUCAUUGCCUGGAAGUUCCGAGCAGCAACACAGUGCGAGUUCUCCAAGCAGGAAUUCAUGGACGGAAUGGCCGAGCAAGGGUGUGACAGCAUAGAAAAACUAAAAGCACAGCUGCCAAAAAUGGAGCAAGAGUUAAAAGACCAAGGGAAAUUUAAGGACUUUUAUCAGUUUACAUUUAACUUUGCAAAGAAUCCUGGACAGAAAGGUUUAGAUUUAGAAAUGGCUAUUGCAUAUUGGAAUUUAGUACUUGCAGGAAGAUUCAAAUUCCUUGACCUGUGGAACAAAUUUUUGUUGGAACACCAUAAAAGAUCAAUACCAAAAGACACAUGGAACCUCCUGUUAGACUUUAGCACAAUGAUAACCGAUGACAUGUCCAAUUAUGAUGAAGAAGGGGCGUGGCCGGUUCUCAUUGACGACUUUGUGGAGUUCGCGCGACCUCAAGUCGGGACAAAAAGCACGACGGUCUAGCCCCUGCGAAAGCCCUCGGGAGGCGUGUACAUACUCUGUACAUAGAUCCAUCUAGACGGCAGUAAGGAGAACAGGACCGGACUACGGGGAAAUAAGUCCUGCCUUUUCAGCCCCACGAGCGAGCCUGAAAAGGAAGAAAAAAAAAAGAGACAUUUUUAAAGGCAUAUCUCCUCGGUCAUCCAACGGUGUUCUGGGCUUCAGUCUGUAGAAUGGGCCAUUUUUUUUUAAUAUCACCCAGCCAGCUGAAGACACUCGUGGACCACCAUACCUAUUGUUCUUUAUACCAACGUUCCUUUGGUGUUUGUUCGACGUUCGUUUCGGCGUUUGUUUGCCGACGUCCGCAGCUUCUGUUACUCACACCGGAUUUUGGGUUCUCGAGUCCCCCAGGGCUGCGGGGAGUCGCGUUAUUUUAUUUUUUUUUGUUCGUUUUUUUUUUUUUUGAAUCCCCUCGUCAUUUGGAUAGGGACUUUACGUGCCACUUGUUCAGGGUGUGACUGAUUCUAAAAUGGAGGCAAGUGUGUAACCUGCUGGACUCUGGGCCCCCCCUCCUGGGCUGGAGUCGCCCGUCCCGUCAUUUCCUUAAGCACAACCGCGUGUUUCGAAAACAAGGUCCCGUUAAUGAAUGUCGCGUACGGUAAUUUCCUUUCAGUACUCUAAGUGCAUUCUGGAGUUGGGUUUUUUUUUUCCCCCCAUGUUUUUUUUUUUUUAAGAAAAUAUAUAAAAUAUUUAAGUGAUAGAACAUUGAUUGUACCAUUUUUAUUUUGAGCAAACAUCAUCGGAGUAAAUCCAUUGUUUGUGUAGGUAAUGCUUUAAUUUGGCGUAUCUGAAAUGGCAGUGUAUCGUCACCCUACUGUAGUUAUUUUUGUGUGCUUGUGUGAAUCUUAGGCCCAGGUUCAGUAUAACCACAGUGUACUCUGUGCUUAACUUUGAGCAAUGAAUUUGAGCAAAUUUCAUGAGUGUUAACUUAAGAAGCUGCAGCAUCCAUAAUGUAUUAAGUGAUUAAAAAAAAAAAAAUCCAUUGUAAAAUUUGUUACUCAGUCAAGUACAGAGAGCAUUGUGGUUGGGUAUAAUCAGGCCUAAGAGUUUCUGUCAAAGCCUUUAUGUAACUAAACCUAGAAUCAUGUGUUUUAACAUUACUUGAUAUGUACAAAAGAGAAUUAUGAAUUUGUACCUUUUAGAAUAUUAAUUUUUGCAAACAACAAUAGGUAAAUACUGUUUUGAUACAGCACCCGCUGCUAAAUGCUAUUAAACUGCAGUUUGUUGCACAGUGAAUUGACAAUUCCACCUGCUGAAUCGAUAUAGUAUUGUGAAGAUCACUCUUGGAUACGAUGGACAUUCUCUUCAGUAUAAGCAGAGUAGGCUCGGUUGAAGCUCGAAGGCCUGGGUGCUUAAAUGAAAUACCUGAGAUCUUUGUGUAUGACAGGAAGGCAAAUCACUUCAGUUAUCUUUUUUUAAAUUGUUUUUCAAGUUUUAAGAAAGACAAAUAAAACUGUCAAAUAAUUUGUGUGUUGUUAAUGUGUAUAUAUGAUUGCAGUCAAACCUUAGUAGCGGACAAUGUCCAUUGGAAAGGGAAUGCAACUUUUCCCUAAUCACUUGUAAAAAAAUCUUUAUUUUUUAUUUUAUUUACAAUAAAAGUAAUUUGGUAAAAGCAAAUUCAGGCAUUCAGGAUAACAUUUAGCAUUUCAUUGUAGAAUGAGCCAGUUUGGUGCUUCCUCUCAGUUUUGCUAAGCAAUGAUUGCUGGGAUCAUUCAGAUUUUAGCAAAUCCAAAAACAGCAUACAGUAUAGAGCUCUCCAUUUUGUGGCACAAAACUACCAAGCUACAUAGUAGUCACUCUAGUGUUUACCUCUGUAUUGGAAUCUAUGGUGCUGCCAUUGAGUGCCAAGUUUUAUACUAGAAUUCAAGCAGUUCUUUACUAAAUGAUCUCAAAACCCUACAUGACCAGAAUGAACCCAUGCUCUGAUUUGAAAACAAAGCUAGCAAUAGGGACCUAUUUGAUGUUGAGGCAUUCCUUCCAUUUUCUGCAUUUACAUAUUAUAGUGUGUCAGUGAAUUCAAAAUGACAUCUGUGAGAUUUUGAGGUUUGCUGAUGCACCCUUUCAUGUCACAAACUAGACAAUACAAGUUUUGCAAUCUGUUGAACAUGGUGAUGCACAUCCGUGAAUCGGCUUAUAUAUUAAGUCUGUUUAGUGAACUUGAACACAGCAUUCACAGAAUGCACACUUGAGUCCCAGUUUUCUACUGAGGUGAAAGCUGAACUGAUGAGCAAACCUGAAUGAUCUUGGGACUUUUGUGUGAAAGCCUAACCAAAUCCUAUUAAGAGCACAUUUUCAGUUAAGGUUUUCUGGCAAGCAACACAGGAAUGGUAAAUCUUCAAGGAAGUGUUCCACUUUGAAAUGAGGCUUUUCCAGGAUAUUCUUCAGGAUUAAUGUUUUAUCUCUAUAAGACAUAGUUUGUAUGUUUAUGAUAGAGGUGUGCAGAAAUGACAUUCAAAUUUGCCAUAAUAUGUGCUUGGACCAGUUAUUAUAUUUAGUAACACUAGUCCUCCUUAGUAUGUUUAUGAAGUUGUUUAACAUUAGUUUGACGACUAAUGAUUACACUAAACCAAUGCUCAUUUCCAAAAGUCACGCAACUUUCUGAAGUUGCAUACAUUCAUGCAAAUUAAAAUGUAGCUGAUGACUAAUAUGUUGACAGUCUGCAGUCAUUGGCCUGGUAAAAUGUUGUGAAUAAAACUUUGAUUUUA